AUGGAACUCCUUGGGUCUUCAAGCCAACCCAAGUACCUACAAACCGGCCGGUUCCGACGAUUCAACGACUACCAUUUUGCGCAACAAUGCGACCUGAUGGUCCUGACCUCAGGCUUUGACUACUAUUGCAGCAUUGACUCUGGCUGGUCUUUGAACGGCGGUGACCAGUAUGGACGUAUCGUGCCCGACAAUGCCAACAUAUUCACUCGGUGCAAGUCUUUGGCAGGCUUCGUAGAUCAUGCACAUAACAAAGGCUACAAGAUUGGCAUCUACCUACUACCCGGUGCCUUCGUCGGAGAUGGUGGGAUCACUAUUGAGAACACUACCAUCAAGAUUGUGAUGUCCUUGAUACUAGCCGGUGUUGAUAUGCUUAAACUCGACUACCUAACGCCUGGAUCUCCCAACCCCGGCGAGACAUUGCCAGCGGACACCAGCCAAUCCGUUGCCAAAUAUCGCCAAGCCAUCACGAAUUGCGGCCUCAGCAUCAGUCUUGACAUCUCAUGGGGUCUCGACCGAGACGAGCCGGAAUGGGACGUCUGGAAGACGAACGCUGAUACACUGCGCCUCGAUACUGAUGUCAACAAUGAUGACUAUGCUUGUGACUCUCAGACUCUUAAUGCCCCCAAACCCCAUACGCCAUCGCAGCGCAUCUACCUUCACAUCCUUCGACGCGGUCCAACAGACCGAACGACCCGGGAAACUCUAGGGUCCAUGCUCAAAUACGACGACGACGAAGCAACGGCACAGACCGCCUUCACCGCCACGUAUCCUAUGCAACCGCGCAACCGCACCGGCUCGCCCACCGUCGGUGCUUCAGAUGCUCUCCAACUCCGAGCCUGGAUCGCCGGCCCCGGUCCCGACGGUACCGCGGCGGUGGUGUUGGCGAACUGUGGCUCCGACUCCUCCCUCGCCAAGCGCGGAAGCGCCUGUGUCGCUUUGGGGACCUGUCUAACAUAUCGUUCAGAACAAUUGGUAACCAUUCCGCUGACCGCGCUGGGCAUUGGGACUGGGGUGGAGAAUGGGGCUGAAGCUUGGGAUGUGAGGAGAGUGUGGGGAGGGGGCGGGAGUGGAGGCCCGGAUCAUACUGAUGUUGGGAAUUGA